AUGUACGAAGGCGGUAAGAACAAGACUCCUCCCCCCUCCUCCCGGAAGAAGCCCAAGGCUGGAGCUCUCAGACACAAGAUGCUUCCUUCUCCUCCCGAGCUUCCGCUGCUCGAGGACAAGUACCACUACGCCCUGAGCUCUAACCAGGCCUGGGCCGGUUACAAGUCGCACCAGAACCCCGUCUUCUUCAAGAACCAAGCCAUCGGCGAGACCCCUCCAUCCCCCGGCGACGUCUUCGUCCACCGCAACUUCGCCAACAUCAUCUCCCCCACCGACAUCAACACCUCGGCCUCCCUCGAGUUCGCCGUCGCCCACCUCAAGGUGAAGCACAUCAUCCUCUGCGGCCACUCCUCCUGCCCCGCCUCGUCCGCCGCCCUCUCCUCCACCUCGCGCGUCGGCGGCGUCCUCGACACCUGGCUCACCCCGCUCAAGGCCCUCGCCUCCUCCCACGCCGAAGAGCUCAACUCCAUCCGCGACGACCACUCCCGCGCCGUCAGGGUCGCCGAGCUCAACGUCCAGUCCGGCGUCAGCACCCUCUUGGCCAACUGGGUCGUCAGGGACGCCGUCCGCGAGCGCGGCCUCCAGGUCCACGGCUGCAUCUUCGACGUCGCGACCGGCCGCCUCCGGGACCUUGGCGUCGGCACCGACGGCAUCCAGAGGGGCUCUGUGGGCACCGAUGAGGUCGUCCGCGGAAAGCACGCCAUGCUUGUCUUCCGGGAUGGUGGUGCCAACAUGACGGCUCGAUAA